AUGUGGGAUGACUUGGCGACGAAAUUCUUGACAAGGUUCUUUCCACCAGCAAAGACCGCUCGCCUCCGAGGGGAGAUCAUGUCAUUCAGGCAGAAAAAUGGAGAAAAUUUGUAUCAAGCUUGGGAGAGGUUUAAGGGUCUUCUCAGAGAUUGUCCUCACCACCAUCAGACGAAUGAAGUUCUGGCACACACAUUUAUUGAGAGUCUGGAUGCCCAACAUAAGUCAUCACUAGACACUGUUGCAGGAGGGCAGGCUCUUGAUCUAAGCUAUGAAGAACUAUUCACACUAUUGAACAGGUUUACUCAGAGCACUCCAGACUGGCAGGAUGAUGCAGCUAGCAGUUCAGUUAGGAAAGCACCGGGCAUCUUUGAAGUAGAUAAUUUUACAACAUUAUCAGCACAGAUUGAUGCCAUGCGCCACCGAACUCGGGAAGUUAGGCUUGCGUCGCAAGUGCCGCAGUGCAUGCGGUGGAGUAACAACUCAGGUAAUCAGAAGCAGAACUAUCAGCCAACACCUGCUCCUCAAGCUCCCACAAACAGUAUAGAAGAGAUGAUGAAAAAGAUGAUGAGUGACAUGCAGAUGAUGAUGCUAGACCAGCAGAAGUUGAUAGCAGAUAAUCAGAAUCGCGAUUUGGCUGUGCGGAAUUUAGAGAGGCAGAUGGGACAGAUAGCUGGUGCACAAAAUACUAGACCACCUGGAGGACUUCCAAGUGACACAGAUGUGAAUCCCAAGCCUUGCAAUGCUGUAACUCUGCGAAAUGGGAGAGAACUAGAGGAAGUGGCUUCAAAGAAAACUGGCCGAGUAGAGGCUGAAAAAGAGAAGAUUGCCACAGAAAGAAGUGAAAAAAAGCGGUCGAGGCACCAGAUGCUUAAGCGCCCACGAGGAGCCGUGGUUUCAAAGCCACCGCCUCCAUUCCUUCAACGUCUGGCAAGACAAAAAGAAGAGGCUACUUACAAGAAGUUUCUUGAUUUGCUUAAGCAGGGUAUUCCAAAGUAUGCUAAGUACAUCAAAGAUAUUGUUGCAAAAAGAAGCCGUUUCAUAGAGUAUGCCACGGUUGCACUUACUGAGGAGUGCACUUCUCGUAUUCAGAACAAGUUGCCCAUAAAAUUGAAGGAUCCCGAAAGUUUCACUAUUGAGAUUUCUAUUGGGACACAGGUUGUUGCUCGAGCACUUUGUGACCUAGGUGCAAGUAUAAAUCUGAUGCCUUCGUCUAUCUUCCGGAAGCUAGGUUUGGGAGUGCCCAGACCAACUACUAUAGUUCUUCAGCUGGCAGACAGAUCAUUAGCAAGACCCGAAGGCAUUAUUGAAGAUGUAUUCGUACAAUAG